UUCCAGAGCUCCACCAGAACCGCAAAGAGCAUAUGCUCAUAUGCGCCACCUAACCCAAGUUGCCAUUUUAAAAUCCCAAACACAGUUUUUCUACAUCUCCAAAACCACAAAUUCAAUCCUCAAAAAAGAGCUUCCAAUUUCAAUCCAUUGCUCUCUUACCCCUCGAUCUAUUUCCAUUUCCACAUCGUUAACGUCCAUGGCAACCCCAGAAGCCGUGGUCAAGAAAGAUGUGUAUUCAGUGUGGGCACUUCCUCCCGAAGACGUUACCGCCAGGGUGAAGAAGGUGAUGGAAGGUUUAAGAUCCGAGUUCGGCGGGCCGCAGUUCGAGCCCCAUGUCACGGUUGUUGGGGCCAUCAGUUUAGCCCCCGAUGACGCAUUGGCCAAGUUCAGGGCCGCCUGUGAUGGCCUCAAGCCUUAUAAUGCAACCGUCGAUCGUGUGGCUACUGGGACUUUCUUUUAUCAAUGCGUCUUUUUGCUUCUUCAUCCCACUUCCCAGGUAGUGGAAACUAGUGAGCAUUGCAGUGGCCAUUUUGGUUACAAGUGCUCAAGCCCGUACAUGCCACACUUGAGCCUCCUUUAUGCCGACAUUUCAGAAGAAGAGAAGAAGAAAGCUCAAGAAAAAACUAAUAUGCUCGAUGAAAGCAUCGGUGGUCUGAGCUUCGAGAUAAGUCGCCUUGCAUUGUACAAAACAGAUACCAAGGACAAAACUCUCAAAUCCUGGGAGAAGGUUGCUGAAUGCAACCUUAGUCCCAAUUAGCUCUUUCUCUUCUGCUACUACUUCAA